UCUUCUAUUUAAGACAAGGAUGGGACUUUCAAGGAUCGCUGCUACUUCUAUUUAAGUAAAAAAGACCCCUGACUCUCGAUCUUCACUGUGGAAUGAUCGCAGGACAUGUGAGAGCUUUUCUGACAGAAGCUUGCGUGAUGGAACGUCCAGUACGAACUUCCUUUCUUGGGGUCUGUGAACAUGUGCACCGCUUGAUUUGGGGCCUGUCGGCCCAUGUCGCGCUCAUGUCCCCUGCAGAAGAGCCACCGAGAGCAAGCCGAUGCGUGGGACAAUUCGUGCCGCUUCGACAAGACUUCUGGCACUGCCGGCAAGAAAGAGGGCGUACGAAUCGUGAAGGGAGGACAGGGAAUCCAAAGACUUGGCACUGAUCUCGACACAGGUGAAGCCCUGAGUCCCAUGGUGCUGGCGAAGCAGGCUGAGGUGCGCCUGAGCGCCCCGGGGGAUCGAGCCCCCAAGGCCUUUUGGUCGCCAGAUCAGCUCUCAAGCUUCUACACGUGUCUGGUGGAGGCAGCUGGUCCACCACGCCGUUGCGACUGGCAUCCGGUCUUUGAGCAGUACUUUGGCUUAAGCUUUUGGCCGGUCGCUCGAACGCCAGAGGACUGCGCCGAGGCGUGUUGCCGCUCGGGUGACGCUUGUUCCCUCUUCCAAUUCCAUGAGGAGGAAGGCUGCUGGCUGGGACGAAGGGAGGAGAGUCAGGCCAUCGAGAGCGAGAAGCGAUGGUACGGGGGCGUGAAGAUCUGA